AUGCCUUCUUCCAAGGGCAAGCGCCUCGUCGUAGUGGAAUCGCCGGCCAAGGCCCGUACCGUUGGACAAAUCCUGGGCAACAAGUACCUGGUGACCGCCUCGAUGGGACACGUCCGGGACUUGCCCAAGUCCACCCUCGGUGUCAACACUGAGGAGGAUUUUUCGCCCAAGUACCUCACCAUGAAAGACAAGCGAGACUUGGUGAAGGAUCUCAAGGCGGCCGGAGCCAAUGCUUCGGACAUCUUUCUUGCGACCGACCCGGACCGCGAGGGCGAAGCCAUCUCCUGGCACCUCCAGGCCGCCGCCGGAUGGGACAAGUUCGAGAAGCCCCCCAAACGCGUGGUCUUCCACGAGAUCACCAAACAGGCGGUCGAGGAAGCCUUCGAGCAUCCCCGCGAAAUCGACAUGCAGUUGGUCAACGCCCAGCAGGCCCGCCGCAUCCUGGACCGCCUGGUCGGUUACGAGAUCAGCCCGCUGCUCUGGCUGAAGGUCAAGCUCGGUUUGUCGGCGGGACGAGUCCAGUCCGUCACCCUCCGCAUGAUCGUCGACCGCGAACGCGAAAUCGGCGCGUUCGUCCCGCAGGAAUGGUGGUCCCUGGAAGCGGAACUCCACAAAGAUACCGACCCCAGCAUCCCAUCCAACCUGUUCACCGCGACGCUCCAUUCGCGGAAAGGCUCCCGCAAACUGAACAUCAACGACGAGACCACGGCCCGCGGCCUGGAAGCCGAACUGAAGGGCGCCGCCUAUUCGGUGGACACUGUGGAAAAGAAGCCGCGUCGCCAACGGCCCGCGCCUCCCUUCAUAACCAGCACCCUCCAGCAGGACGCCGGCCGCAAGCUUCGGUUCACCGCCCAACGCACCAUGGCCCUGGCCCAGCAGCUCUACGAGGGUUUGAACGUCGGCAGCGAGGGUUCCGUCGGCCUCAUCACCUAUAUGAGAACCGAUAGCGUGAACGUCGCCGAUACCGCCGUGCGCGAAACCCGCGACUACAUCCGCCAGCGGUUCGGCAAGGACUACACCCCCGACAAGCCGAGGGCCUAUCGCACUCGGAGCAAGAACGCCCAGGAAGCCCACGAGGCAAUUCGUCCCACGUCGGUGGGACGCACGCCCCAGGCCAUGGCCACCUUCCUGGACCGCGAUCAACUGCGCCUGUAUACCCUGAUCUGGGAACGCAUGGUCGCCAGCCAGAUGGCCGACGCCGUGCUUGAAGCAACCACGGUGGAAAUCGACGCCCGUUGCGCUUCGUCCUCGGACAGCGUGUUCCGUUUCCGCGCCACGGGCUCGGUCCUCAAGUUCCUCGGCUUCCGCGCUGUAUACCUGGAGGGACGCGACGACACCGCCGAAAACAGUGAAAACGCGCUCCCCGAAUUGGCCGCCGGCGACGGUCUGGCCAACCAGAAACUCGAAGCCAGCCAGCACUUCACUCAGCCGCCCCCGAAGUUCACCGAGGCCACUCUCAUCCGGGAGAUGGAGGAAAAGGGCAUCGGACGCCCCAGCACCUACGCGCCGACCAUUGCCACCCUGGUCGAAAGGGAAUAUGUCCUGCGCGAGCAGCGCCGGCUCUCUCCCACCGAAUUGGGCUGCACGGUCACCGACCUCCUCACCGAGCGUUUCGCCGACGUGAUGGCGCCGGAGUUCACCGCCAAGAUGGAAGAGGAUCUGGACAGCGUGGCGCAGGGCGAGCAGGACUGGGUCCCCAUGCUCCGCGACUUCUACGAACCGUUCCACCAGGCGGUCAAUCUCGCCGAGCAGGCCUUCACGCCAUCAUGCGAAAAAUGCGGCCAGCCCAUGACCAUGAUGAUGGGCCGCUUCGGGAGAUUCCUGGCCUGCAGCGGCUAUCCUGAAUGCCAGAACACCCGCAAUAUGCGCGACACUGCGGAGCGCCCGCCCGACGAGCCCACCGACGAAAUCUGCGAAAAGUGCGAGCGGCCCAUGGUCAUCAAGACCGGACGGUACGGUCGCUUCCUGGCCUGCACCGGAUACAACGCCGAUGACAACCCGUGCGACAACCGUCGCAACAUCGUCACCAAGAGCGACGUGCCGUGCCCGAAAUGCGGCGGCGACCUCGUGCAACGCCGCGCCCGGAAGUCCGGUCGCCCCUUCUGGGGAUGCGCCAACUAUCCGGAAUGCGAAUUCCUGGUGAACACCGAGCCGCUGCCGGAACCUUGCCCCGAUUGCGGCGGUAUGCUGAUCACGGCUGCCCGCGGCCGCGCCCGAUGCAGCGAUUGCAAAUGGAAAGGCGAUCAACCCACGACUACCCCCGCCGAAGAUGCGGCGGCGGCCACUCCGGAGUUGGCUGGCGUUGGCGAUUAG